GGACCAUCAACGCCCGCCGUUCGCGCCGGGAUCCGCCGCGCCCAGGACCCGGCAGCGGCACCGAGAGAAGUCGGUGACUGCAGGACUCAGCAGCCCCGCCGGCCAACCACUCCGGCCAAGCCAGGCUGCCCCGCAACAGGACACGAUGGCCACGCCCCGCCCGGCCGCCACGCCGCCCUGCGACGCGGACCCGCCCUGCACGGAGACCGUAGAAAGUCUCUGGGGCAUGGGCAGCCAGCCGGAGGACCCCGACGUCGUCGUCGGCGCCGAGGGCAGCUAUGACAUGGACAUGACCACGCUGAUGGCGACCGUCAUCGCGAUCGGCGUCAUCUUACUUUUGGUCCACGCGUGCUUCCGGUUGGGCUUAUGUUGCAAACACUUUGCCUGCAAGGGCAAGCCGAUCCAGAAGAAGUGCUGCCCGUGCGUCGAGAAGAAGUGUUGUAAAAGGCAGGCCCUUAUCCUAAAGAUCGCCCUAGCUUUGAUAUUGGUGGGCGUCGUCCUCUCUUUAUUAAGCUACACGGCCGGGUCCGACCGGAUCGGCGCCGCCGUCGAGGACGUCGCGGACGCGAUGAAACAGCUCGAGGUUAUUUUAGGAAGACUGCAGCAGAUCCUGGGGAAUAUGGUGAAUAGUGUGACGGACAUGACGGUGGGCGUGAACGGCAUCGCCUGCGACGCGAACGCGAUGUUGUUAGCGGGCAAGACGGACCCGACGCCGGACAUCGUCGCCGACCUCACAAAAACGAACACGACGAUCGCCACGAUGAAGCAGUCGAUCUACGACAUGAAGUCCGACGUCGAGAAAUAUAGGAAACGCGCCGAGGACCCCCAGGUGCAGGACAUGAUCAACUACGCCAUCGCAUUGAUGGUGUCGCUGCCGUUCAUCAUUUACAUUUUGACCACGUGCCUCGGCGUGGCGUGCACGGCCUGCCGCAGCGUCAUGCCCGAGGGCAAGGUCAAGAAGAUGAGCAAGAACUGCGCCUGGUGCCAUUUAAAUACCGGCGCGUGCUGGGCCGGCGGGCCCGGGUUAAUUCUGGCUUUAGUGAUUUUCGUCGCGCUGUUUAUUGUCUCGAUCGCAUUGGCGGACUUUUGCUACGUCGGCCCGGGGCCCGUCAUGCUCGCGGCCGCGCGCGACAACAACGAGACGUCCGCUUUAACGUAUUACUUGGAGUGCGCGGGCGAGAACCCGAUGGCCAAAGACGUCGACGCCAUGGCCGCGGCCGUGGCGAAUUUGACGGACGCGACGGCGUCGCUGACGAGCCUGCCGACGUGCGACGCGAACCUGGAUACCGCCCUGCAACUCUGUACCCAUGACGUAAACAUGAACCUGCUGGAGGUACCUUCAGGUGCCACCAGUGCAUGCACUCCGAGCCACACGGCCGGGUGCGUGAUCGGGGACCCCGUCUGCGCCAACGUGCCCGCCGCCGACACGGCCGUCACCACCAGCGUCGCAUCAUUACUCGCGUCCGUCGCCGAUAUUAAGGCCGACGUCCUCAACUGCACGAAGUUCCAGCCCAUCAUCGAGACGGCUUUUCAUGAUGGCGUCUGCACCGAGGCCGUCGCGGGCCUCUACUACAUCUGGCAGGUCGUCGCCGCCGCGGGCGUGUUUACCUAUAUAGGGAUCUGGCUCGUGCCCUUCGCGACGGCGGCCUUCAAGCAGGAGGGGGGCGGCGUCGUCGGCGUCGCCGACACGGACCCCGAGAAGGGCAUCUUCGGGGACCAGAGCGAGUACGACGAGACGGGCAAAUUGAUGGAGGCCGCGGCCGUCGCGGACCAGCCCGAGGCUGACGAGCCGGUCCUCUAGAGUACUAAGUACGUAC